AUGGACGAGUCCGCCCCCGCAACUGUGCAAGAGCCAUGGCACUCGGCCUCGACAAGUGUGGCUGAAUAUCCCGCUAGUUACCCCACGGGUCAAAACGCAAACUUCGACGAAGAAGCCCCCCGGUCGGCAUUUUCCGUUGUCGAACCCCCAGCCGAGCUCUCCACCCUGACAACCCAUCUCACUGGUCAUAGUACCGAUGACGCAUUCCCAGAUGGAGGGCUGCAAGCAUGGUGUGUUGUGGCCGGCUCAUUCUUCCUCUUGAUGAGUACGUUCGGAGUGAUGAACACGACGGGAAUUCUGCAAAAUUACUUCUCUUCUCAUCAGCUGGCCAGCUACUCGCCAAGUGCAGUCGGUUGGAUUCCGGGAUUGUUCACCUUCUUCGGUCUGAGUAUUUCGGUUCAGGUCGGGCCAAUGUUUGAUCGAUAUGGACCUAAGGGCCUUCUUAUAGCUGGAACUGCAUGCUAUGUGACUGGCCUUCUUCUUCUCGCCGAAAGCCAUCUUUACUGGCACUUUGUCCUUACCCUUGGUGUUCUUUCUGGGACUGGCGCUGCCCUCUUGAGCACAGUCGCGUUGGCGAGUGUGCCUCAAUGGUUUGAUCGAAAGGCAGCCCUUGCUAUUGGGAUUUCGAUGGCGGGCGCAGGCCUUGGUGGUGUGAUAUUUCCAUUCGUGCUCAGAGCUGGAUUUACCAACCUGGGAUAUAAGUGGACGAUUCGAUUGCUGGCAUUAGUGGUGCUGAUAUUGGGUAUGCUUGGAACGGUUCUGGUGAAGGCACGCCUUCCGAAGGGCAGAAGCAAAUCGACUAUCAACUUGCGUUCUUUGAAAGAUGCGAGGUUUACCUGGCUGACAAUGGGCCUCUUUGGACUUGAGCUCGAGGUUUUUGCUGGUCUGGGUCUGUAUCCAACCUACGUGGUCAUGCAGGGGUUUUCUACCAAUACCAGUGUUAUCCUUCUUGCUGUCCUGAGCAUAGCCUCCACGGCAGGACGACUGAUGGCUGGGGGUGUAGGUGAUCGCUUUGGCAGAAUCAACACCCAGACUGCGCUCAUUGUUUUGGGUGCAUUGGCAGUUUUUGUGAUCUGGCUGCCGUUUGGUAACACCCUUAUUGGGCUUUAUAUGUUCUCGGUCAUCUUCGGGUUGGCCUCAGGAUCAUUCUUGAGUCUUGCACCAGCCUGCAUCGGGCAGAUUUCCAAGGCUAGCGAGGUUGGUGGAAGGUUUGGCCUGACAUAUUCAAUAGUCAGUGUUGCCACACUAAUCUGUAUCCCCAUUGGUGGUGAGAUGCUCGACAAAGUUGGGAAGAAAGCCAUGGUCGCAUAUUUGGGAAGUGUUCUAAUAGUGUCUCUUGGUUUCUUUCUGAUGGCGAGAUGGGCCUGUUUGAGCUACCGAUGGAGGUGGCAGGCAAAGAUCUAG